UUCCCUUCCGUUGUUCCUCUGCUCCGGCGGCUCCCUCAACAGCUCACGCGGCGUUCCGAGGGGCAUCGUUCCGAGGGGCCCCGCCCCUCGCCGCUGCCUCCUCCCGCGCCCGGCGCCAUGGCAGCUGCGGCCGGAGACGGGGCUGCGAGGCCGCUUCAGAGCGCCAUGAAGAUGGCCAACUUGGCCAUCGAGCUGGACACCGGCAACCGGCCCCGGGAGGCGUACACAGAGUACCUGAGAAGCAUCCACUACAUCUCCCAGGUGUUACUGGAGGAAGUGGAGACAACUGGAGAAGCUGGGGAAACUGUUCCGCCUGACACCUCAAAGAUGCUGAAGCUGGCUGAGCAGUGUCUGGAGCGGGCCCAGUCAACAGCUGCCAAGCUUGGGAAGACACAUGUGAAACCAGCUACACCUAUGGCUCCUCCAGCCCCCUUGCCCGCCAGCCGACACCGCCGAGUGUGUUCAGAUGAAGGAGGGAAGCUCUCUCCUUUCCUGCCUCCUGAGAUCUUCCAGAAGCUGCAGGUGGCAGAGUCACAAAGCUCUAAGAAGGAGCUGACACCACUAGAGGAAGCCUCCCUGCAAAACCAAAAGUUAAAGGCCACAUAUGAGGCCCGGAUGGCCCGUCUUGACCCCAGCCAGGCCAUGCAGAAGACAUCACUGACCCUGUCUCUACAGCGGCAGAUGAUGGAGAAUCUGGUGAUUGCCAAAGCCCGGGAGGAGACUCUCCAGCGGAAGAUGGAGGAGCGCCGUCUGCGUCUCCAGGAGGCUGCCAACAGGCGGUUCUGCAGUCAGGUUGCUCUGACCCCGGAGGAGCGGGAACAGCGGGCCCUCUAUGCAGCUGUUCUCGAGUAUGAGCAAGACCAUGACUGGCCGAAGCACUGGAGGUCCAAGCUCAAGAGGAACCCAGGGGACUUGUCGCUGGUGACCAGCCUGGUCUCCCACCUGCUCAGUCUUCCUGACCACCCGAUCUCGCAGCUCCUGAAGAAACUCCAGUGUGCAGUAUACACUGCACUGUACCCCAUUGUGAGCCAGGCUGCUGUCAGUGCUGUCUCUGCUGCAGGGUGCUGCUCCCUACCCCCAGAUGCGGACAGGCUCCUGGCUCCUGGGAGCCGGCGGCUCCGGUCCUCCCAGAGUCUCUAUUGCAUGCUUUCCCCACCAGAGCCCAGCACAGCCCCAAGGUCCCAGGAUGGACCCCCUGCCACACCCUCCACACCCCCACUCCACCCCAGCCUCCUGGAUAAAGGUGCAGACAGCAGCCCAGCUGGGCCUCCCUCACCCCUGGUGGAUGCCUCAUCCCGCCUGCCAGACAAGGACAGCUCUUUUGAGGACCUGGAACAGUUUUUGGCAACAUCUGAGAGGUGGGGCCGGGGCCCUGGGGGACAUCCUGAGCCACAGACCCCAGGAGCAAAGAGGGAACCCUUGCUGGAGCAUCUGAAGAGCACAGUGAAGGACAUACAUAAUGCCAUUGAUAGGCUGCUCUCGCUGACCCUUCUGGCCUUCGAAAGCCUGAACACAGCCGCUUCCAAGGACCGCUGCCUGGCUUGUAUUGAGGAGUCCUUCUUCACUCCACUGUGGCCCCUGCUGCUGGCUCUCUACAGGAGUGUGCACCACACCCGAGAGGCUGCCCUAAGCAGGAGCAUGGAGCUCUACAGGAAUGCACCUCCCACAGCCCUUGGCAUCCCCACCAAGCUCCUUCCCCGAGACCCUGAGGCCAAGGGAGCCACCAUGUACCCUUACUCCACCGCAGCCCAGGAGCUGGGGCUGCUGGUCCUGGAGAGCUGCCCCCAGAAGAAGCUGGAGUGCAUCGCACGGGCCCUGCGGGUCAUCUGCAUCUGUGCAGAAGACUAUUGCCAUGCCCAAGAGGCCAGGCCCGAGGCCAGACCCCAGCUCCUCACGGCUGCCAUUGGUGCUGAUGACCUGCUGCCCAUCCUGUCCUUUGUGGUGCUGAGGAGUGGCCUUCCCCAGCUGGUGUCGGAGUGUGCAGCCCUGGAGGAAUUCACUCACGAGGGGUACCUGAUUGGAGAGGAGGGCUACUGUCUGACAUCACUACAGAGUGCUCUGAGCUACGUGGAGCUGUUGCCCUGGGGGGCCCUGGGCAGGUAGUGGAGGCCAGACCCCAGAGACUAAAGGAGCCACAAGAGACAUUAAGGACUCUCCAAUAGCCUCCAUGCUGCCCUACACACCUCGCACUAGGGCAGUAGGAGGGUGAUAAGCUGUGGGGAACCUUCAGCUCUUGCCCCUUUCCUUACUCCAGAGACCUGGGGCAGCGCUAGCUGCUGUUCUGACAGGAUGGGACUGAAUCAGCUCUCUGUACCAGGCCCUGCUGUUCGGCCUCUGAAAGACCCCAUAAAAGGAAACUAACUUGCUCCCUGGGGCUUGCACACCCUUGAGGAGCCUCCAGCAGUGGAUGCAGCUCAGCAAUAAGCUUGACUGGCCAGGCCUACUCUCAUAGACAUGGAUGACCCGUGUCAGGGGAUCAGCACAGAGAAGGUUGCUGGGACCCUGACCAAAGGCAGAGGCAGCAGUCUGGUUUUGGUCCCCUCUGGUCCUUUAGGACAAUCAAAGUUGGUCUCAGUCAGUUUCUUGUCAGAGUCAAGAAUGAGAGCCUGCCCCCUACUCCAGAGACCUGAGCAUAGGUGGCAUGAAGCUGUGCUGUGUAUUUAUUGGAAAGUGACUUGGAGCUGCACUCCCUCGCUGGCCCACUUUGCCACCUUGGCAGUGGGCAGUGACCCAUGGUUGUACAGACUUCCCCCAUGUCAGUGCCAGCCCAAGGGUCAGCACCUGACUGUUAUAUGCCUGGUGUGCCACAAGCCUGGCAGAAAAUAAAGAGGUCACUGUCUGAAUUGUGUGGUUCGCUCAGUCCCAGGCAAGAACCUGGGUGCUGGUGCCAGGGCACAGCCACCCACCAAAACCACAGAGGACACGUGCAGAGUUGCCAAGGCACCCACAAGCCCUCUGCAUGGAGCAGCAUCCUCCAAGGGCUGUUCCUGGCAGGUAGGUGUGGGCUUUAGCCUCUAAAAGCACAGCUCUGUCGGGCAUCAUUGGGAGGCCAGGGCUAGUAGUCACCAUAGUGGCCCUGAUCCCAAAGCACUAAAGGCCUCUUGGGAAUCACUGCACACCUGAACACAGGAGUGCUGAGACAGCCGCGCUUCCACACACAGAUACACACAGAUACUGUACACAGGAGUGCUGCAAAGGCCUUGCUUCCACACACAAAUGCUCCGUAAUGGCUGUGUGUCCCACACCUAGACACAGGAGUGCUCAUAAUGACCAUGCUUCCGUGUGUGAGGAUACACACUGGUACUCAUGAUAGUAGUGGUGGCAGCAUCUGCUGGGAAGGCCUGCACAAAGCAGGGAAUCAGACUGGGAACUUGGGAGGGUCCCAACCCCAGAUUCCACCAACAGCUGGCAGUGGAGAGGUGCUGAGGAUCCUUGGGAAAAGGAUCUUCCAAAGCUGAUAAAAAUUUUUUGACAGUACUCUGUGUGCCAAGUCUUCUGCAGGUAGUAACAUGCUAACCCCCCAAAAGGAAACGUGACGUAUCUCUGCAGGUGGUGGUGGAGUUGCUCUGAGCCUGCUAGGCUGGUUCCAGAGGCCAGCCUGCAAAUAGCCAAGUGGCUGGGACUUGGGCAGGUAAUCUGAAUCCUUGAGACUCCCUGGCAGGAGCCUCCAGGGAUAGGAAUGGGCCAGAAACUCCCAGCAGUUCCCAGCCCACAAGCCCCUCACCCAGCACCAGGAACAUACAGGCUGGUAUCACUUGCCUACUGCUGGAAAAGCACAAAAUUCACCCCCCUAGCUGGCUUUGGCUCCUGGUGCUCUGCUGACUCAAGAGUUCAUCACCAGUCAAUGGUUCAUGAUCCCAUGAAAUACAGAGUCCUCAGUCCCCAGGCCUAGAUGUGAGUACUAGCUCCCCAGGGAACCUUUGAGGUGUUGAUGCCCUGGCCAUAGGUAGCUCUGACAUGAAAAAGUUGAUUUUAAAGUCCCACUUUUAUACAACAGUGCAGGUGGGGUGUGUGUUAAGUGAGUCCUGGUGUUAGGAGCACCUGCUGGCCUCAAAUCAGGGCCACUAAGUCCUGGGAA